ACACACUGCAGGAUAAUUGAACACAGGCUUCACUCGUGUUCCAGUGGAAGGUGGGGGGAAGGCGUGAACUGAUGUUGCAGAGAACGGCAGGAGGCAACUUUAAAUAACGCGUGCGUGAAGUAGCUGCGGCGUGGACGCGCAGGAGUGGGGGGUGUAGCCCGCGAGCCUGUGGUAAUAGGCUGAGAGGGAGAGGAAGAGGGAGUGGGGGCUGCCGUAGACGGUGAUGCUGCGCGCUGUCUUCUUGCUGAAUGAGGAUCGUCUUUUCCCAGUUUGAGCAGCAGCAGGGCUUCUCCGCCCUUCCAGCGAGGAUCUGUAAUUUACACGGCAACAGAGGGGCGUCCGUGGGAUCUUCUCCAUCCCCAUCAUCAUCAUCAUCAUCACCAGCAGCAGCAGCAGCAUCAUCUGCGCCGGAUCCAGCCCCGCGCUGCCGCUCGUUCUGCCGCUGCUCCGUCACCAGGCGACCAGAGGAGGAGGACGUCUGACCAGCGGGCCAUGUGCACCACGACAUGUAUGCGUGAAUUCAUGCGGUGACACGGGAAGAGGGGGGAAUGGAGCAGCUGUCAACGCAUUCCUGUAGACGCACCGACGGUGAUUCGUUGCAGACUGUCGUGUAGAGAGAAAAAGAGAGAGAGAGAGAGAGAAAGAGAGAGAGAGAGGGGGGAAAAGAAAAAGAAAAAAAAACCCUUCAUACGCAGCAGCCCAUCCAGCACAUUCGCUUUUUAAUUCCAGCGAGAAGCGAUCAGUGAUCAGGUGUCGCCUUUCAUUUCAACCACAACAAUGGGGGAGCAGCCCAUCUACAGCACGAGGGCCCACGUCUUCCAGAUCGACCCCAACACCAAGAAGAACUGGCUCCCCGCAAGCAAGCACGCCGUCACUGUGUCCUACUUCUAUGACAGCACGCGCAAUGUCUACCGGAUCAUCAGCCUGGACGGAACCAAGGCAAUAAUCAACAGCACCAUCAGUCCGAACAUGACGUUCACAAAGACGUCACAGAAGUUUGGUCAGUGGGCGGACAGUCGAGCGAACACCGUCUACGGACUGGGUUUCUCCACCGAGCAUCAUCUGUCAAAGUUUGCAGAGAAGUUUGCAGAGUAUAAAGAAGCAGCACGGCUUGCGAAGGAGAAGAGCCAGGAGAAGAUGGAGAUGGCCACCUCUCCCUCUCAAGAGUCUCCGGCCGGUGAGCUGGCCUCCCCCCUCACCCCGGUGACUCCCCCCAUGGAAAACAUCAACGGCACGGACGAGAUUUGCGACACGACUCCCAACUCGGACAGCCGUCCGGAGCCGUCGCAGAACGCCCUGGCUUUCGCACACAGCCCGGCCAUGACAAAACACUGGGAGGCCGAGCUGGAGGCGCUGAAGGGGAACAACGCCAAGCUGACGGCGGCCCUGCUGGAAUCCACGGCCAACGUCAAACAGUGGAAACAGCAACUGGCUGCCUACCAAGAGGAGGCAGAGAGACUACACAAACGGGUGACAGAGCUUGAGUGCCAGAGUAACCAAACCCCGGUGAUCAAAUCCCAAAAGACGGAACUCAACCAAACCAUAGAGGAGCUGGAGAACGCGCUGCGGGAUAAAGAAGAGGAAAUGGAGAAGUUGAAAGAAGAACUGGAAAACAUGAACGACCUCAUGGAGCAGAAAGACACUCUGACUCAGAAGCUUGAAGAGACGGAGCUGCGCAGUCGGGUGCUGGAGGAGCAGCUAGCGGGAGCUGAGCAACGACUGGAGGAGAACCAGGAAGAGCAGGAGAAUUUCAGGAAGAGCCUGCGGACGCUGCUGGAGCUGUUAGACGGCAAGAUCUUUGAGCUGACGGAGCUCAGAGACACCUUGGCUCGUCUCAUAGAGGAAGCCAGCUAGAGACAGAGGGUGUCCACCUUCACAGACAGAGCCAUAUGAUGAUUUAUUUACAGCCCAGCACACAGACCAAUCCCACCCUCCAUGACUCCUCGUGUACCCUCACCCACAGAAAUCUGAGACGAUGCACUGCCCACACUUACCGUUUAAACACAAGGGGCAGCUGAUCCCUGAUUUUAACCUUGAAGGCAUCAGGUUCCUACCUUCUGCAAGCACUCCUGUAGUUGAACACGAUGCAGGGACUACCUCAGCUUGCCUUCUGAUUGGCUGUCGUUCACUUGGUCAAACCGGUCAAGCUCAGUUGUAGAGAUGCCACACACGAAAACAAAACUGUGCCUCGGCGCCGUCUGCUGUCUGAACGGGAGAGCUGCGGCGUAGAGCCGAACAUUUACUCAAACACACACAUUGCACAUCACUCCUCUUUAAAGCGGCACUCCAGGGGAAAUGUUGAAAGUCAUGUGGAAAUAAUUGCUGUUAAGACAUAAAAGAACUGCGCCAAAGCUGCCAAAUCCCGUCCUUCUCGUCCCCCCCACUCCAAAAAAAAAUGUUGUCCUCUAACUAGCAGAUGCUUUGAUCCAAAGUGACUUACUGUACAGGGAAGUUUUGAACAGAAGAACCCAUGUUUGAGCCCGGGCUGCCGAGGAAUGUAACCACAUUGAACAACCCCCAGCCUGGAUCUACGAAGCUGCUGGGAAACGGAGUCUGACAAAUAUACAUGUAUAUGAAUUUUUCUUUUACCAGAAAUGAAGGACUUCUGUACGCCCCCCUCCCUCCCGGCUCUUAUUACAAAAACCUAUAUGACAGAUAAGCAAUGAAUCUUCCAGAUGGCCUUUUUUUCAUGCAACACAAAAAUUUGAGUGCUAUAGCUGAAAUGAGAAAUCCUCGUAUCCAGACAGCUUCCACUAUCACAGUAGACAUGACCUGUCUUCCUGCCAAACUCAGUGUGGCGUGUGUGUCCCGAGGUUUGAUAUGACCGUGUGCACUCGUAUAGAUGCAUCUAAAUAAAUUGCAUCCACAAAAAGUUAUUUUAAACUAGUAAAAAAAAAAAAAACAUGUAAAAUCUGGAAUUCAUUAUUAUCUCGCUUGAUUACACAGAGUUAUGUUUUUAAGCAUUUAUUUAUGUUACCUUGAUUAUUAUGGCUUACAGCAAACAGGAAUCUUAAAAUUCUGUUAAAAUUAUAAUGUUACAUCAGACCAAUAAAAAAUAAUCUAAAUACGUAAAUGUGGGCAUACUGAAAGUUUUGUCCAUAUGCAGCAUCUAAUAUGCAUUCAGUAAUUGGUUAAGGAUUUCUUCUUAACCCUUAUUUUUGUGCAAAUAAAUUUGUGCAAAUUUAUUUGCACAAAGUUACAUUAAAACUUCAGUUACAUUAAAACUUCACUCAGAUGAAAUAUUUUGUGGUGCACCAUAUUUCAAGUGUACUGCAUUGACUCCCCCACACACGCGCACUGAUAAUGUAUUUAGACGGUUGGAUGAAUAAUUGAAUAGACUUUUCUUUGCAAUUUGGAGCUCAUUCCUGUUUACCACGCUGAUUUAUCUUUGUGCUCAAAAGUUUAACUUUCUGGUGUAAAAUGCAACAUCCCCUGAAGUUGGAUUUUUAACCAGUAAAUUCGGAAGUUGCUGAGUGCGAUCGUGGGAUUGUCUCUCGAGUGGGAAAGCUUCAAGUUCCACGGCAACCUGAAGCUCAGAAAUCAAAAACAGAGCAACAGUUUUAAUUGUGAAGCAUUUACUUCCACUCCUGAUAGUUUGUCUCUCAUUAAACCAGAAUAAUGAUUAGUAAUGUAGACGUUAAUUUAGUGCUUGAACAUAUUUAACAGCACAUUAUUUACGUCUUGCUAACUGUCGUUGUCAAUUCAUAGCAAACACAAACUUGUGGCACCGAGCUCCAGCUCAUGGCACAAAUUUAGAAUGUAUUAUGCUUCUUUUUCUACCAAACUUUUUCCUUCCACUUAACUUUUCUUUAGAAUUCUUGGAUACAGCGCUCUGAACAGCCAGCUUCCUCAGCAAACUGUCUUUCUCUCCUUGUGAAGGGUUCCCGAUAGUACUUGCUGAGACUUUUAAAUGUAAAAACUUUUCUCUGUCAUCGUCUUCUAUAACAAUACAACAUUCUUGAAGAAUUCUGUAUUAUUACAAACUGUGAGCCAUAAUCAUCAAAAUUAGAACUAAAUGCUUGAAAUACAUCACCUUUUUGAUGAAACAAAUGUCUCUUUCGGUGGCAUGCUAAUUUGUUGAGCUGAAUCCGUACUUGGCCACGUGUCGUUAGAGAGGUGCACACACCCUCACGCCCACGCAAACACACACACACACACUGAGCAAUAUUAGACAGGCUCUAUACAACACCAACUCUAUCAGGUACUCUACUCAGUGGGCCCGUCCUGAAGGGUCAAACAUGAUUAAGCUGACACGCCCCCUCUCCAACAGAAAGUGUACCACUGACCGCAUUACUGUGUGGCAGCCCUGCGUGGUCCGAGUCGUGCAAACCGAAGGGCUUACAGAGCGUCAUCCUCAUGUCUGUAAAUCUCCACCCUCAGUGAAACUGGCCACUGAUUGUCACGCCUCACAGGUGACUAUUCAACCGUUCUCAGUUUAUAUUCUUUCUUUUUUUUUAAGUAAAGUUAUAACACUGGUGAUAUAAAUAUAACACUGUACAACACAACUUUCUUACUCUUGCUGGCAUUGUAAAUGAAUGGAUGGACAAAUCAAAAUGCAGUAACACCCUGCGGUGACUUAUUGUUGUGUAUUAACCCACGGCUGAAAGCUUUUUUUCUCUGUAACACCAUGUCAUAACACCGUGUUACAAGUUUUAUACUCUUACUGUAUAAAAGCAGCUCUGAAUUCUCUCCCUCCAAAGUCAGCAAAAUCGUUUUUAUUUAUUUAUUUAUUUAUUUUUGACAGAGCUGUAUCUCGACAAGGUGCUGCUGGUCUUAUAUCUAUCUGAGCGCCCUGUUUGCACUGUAAUGACACCGUUGUAACUCCAUUAUAUGCCAACAGACUUGCAUUUAGCAUUAGCACAGUAUAAUUAUGUAGUUAAAAGACCUUCUGUAGUUAGUUACACAGGUUAAUACACUGGAAUAAGACUCAUGUUAAAGGGGGAAUGUUACUUAUUUUCUGUCUGAUGUAUGUGUCGAGUGGAGUGACAGAGAUGAAAUACUUUAAUAUUAAUGCUAUUGUUAAUGAAUGCCUUUGUACAGUAGUGGAUAAAAUGCUUUUCAUUCUCCUGUUUUUGUAAUUUAUGGUAUUUCAGUGUAGGUAUUAACAUUGUAUUUAGAGGUAUGAGAAGACUGGCAAUAUUUUUGACUAUUUAAAGUAAUUUUGAACUCAUGAAAUUAAAGAGGUACCUCAGGCUUAA